CAACUACCCCCCAUUUCUACUUCUUCUGCUUUAAGCUCCAGCGAGAGAGAGAGCGAGAGAGAGAGAGAGAGAGAGAGAGAGAGAUCGCGCCGACAUCGACCAUGUUAAAUUCACUCGCGAUGGUGUUUUUCGCCAUUCUUCUCCUCAAAAUCUCCGAUGCGAUCUCGAUCCCGUCGCCGUACGGAGAGAUCGACGCAAUGCUAGUCCGAAACAGCCUCAUCAUCGUAGAUGACGAAGAUCUGAUGCCGUCGGAGAUCAGCCGGAGAGUUCUCAUGGCGCAUAAACGUUACAUCGGAUACGAAACCUUAAGGAGAGACAUGGUUCCUUGUCAGAAACCAGGAGCUUCCUACUACGAUUGCCGCUCCGGACAAGCUAAUUCUUACAGCAGAGGUUGCGAAACCAUUACUAGAUGUGCUCGAGACACCAGCGACAUCAACACCUGAAGCAAUUAAUUUGGAAGCUUUUUUUUUUUUUUUGGGUCUUUUUGGUUGAGACUUGAGAUUGAGAAGAGGCAAGUAAAUUAUUAUAUGAUUAAGACUUUUGUAUGUUGUUGGUGUUGUUAUAUAAUGUCUCUGAGACUUUGACAUAAGAAUUGUUAUAUAUAUAUAUAUAUAUGUAGCCUUGAUUAAGCUAUUUGGUUAUCAUUUAUCAAUGCUCAAUUGUAUGAUGUUUUCAUUA